AGCUUGGUGACUCGGCACAGCCUAUCUAUCUCCAUAUAUCGAUACCUUGAAUCAGCGACGAUCGGCAAACGACAGUCCCGCAGACACCCCCUGAAAGCAAUCCGUGUCUUGUUCAGUCCCAAGCCAUGAUCAACCGAUGGAAAAAUUGGCUCAACAUGUGCCUCCUGCUUUCCAGGCUGCUGCCCGUGAUAUUCGUGGUCUCAAUCGUUGCAUGGUCAAGCUACGUAUACCUGACACACCUCGUGCCCUCGCUCUUCACUCACGGAUACGGAAUGUCUGCUGCACUCUAUAUCAUGGGAUACCUGCCGCUCGUGGGUCUGUUCAUGAUGAGCUAUUACAAGAUCGUGACUGUGCAUCCCGGAACCCCCGUCGUCAAGUUCUCUCUGGGUCCGCACGGUGCUCACGACGACUUUGAGCUUGAGGAGCCUGACAUGCAUCCUCCGCCUCUGGCCCCCAAUCCCGUCGUGGGGACCGAUGGCUUUGUCGAGGACGACGAGGGAUUCAGCUACGAGACCGCCCCGCACGGCUCGUCGUCAUACCACAAUCGGUUUGGAUCAGGGACCGGCAUUGUCGGUGGACACGUCCCCAUCUCGCAGUACGACCCCGACGACUUUAUCCGCCGCGACGACGAUCCGAUUGCGAAUCGAGACUCGAUCGAUCAGCCGACCUGGCGGGCUCUCGAGCUCAAACGGGACGGCUCCAAGCGAUACUGCAACAAGUGCAAAAUCUACAAGCCUGAUCGAUGCCACCACUGCUCCGCCUGCGAUCAAUGCAUCCUGAAGAUGGACCAUCACUGCCCCUGGAUCAACAACUGUGUGGGAUUUCGCAACUACAAGUAUUUCUAUCUCUUUGUCAGCUAUGGGGCCCUCUACUGUAUAUAUGUGUUCGGAACGGCCUUGGGAACAUUCCUGUCGCAGCAGUCGCUCUCGAUCAUUGAAGUCGACUUGCAGCUCCUUUUGUUGAUUAUGCUCUCGGGCAUCUUUGGGCUCUGCUUGCUGGGCUUUUCUGGGCUGCACACCACCUUGCUCCUCACAAACACCACCACAAUUGAGUCAAUCGAAGGUGCUCGGACCAUCCGUCUUCCGGAUGGAUCGUCCGCGAGGACGGGCAAGGUCAACAUCUACAAUCUCGGCUGGAAGAAGAACGCCUCGCAGGUCAUGGGUCAGCGGGGUUGGUGGAGCUGGCUUCUGCCUGUGUCCGAUGAAUUUGGCGACGGCCAUUCAUUCGAGAUCAACCAAAGCGCCUACACGAAGAUUCAAGGGGGUGUGUAGAGGCCAUGCCCAUCUGGCGCGCCAAAGCACCAUGUUUCUCCCCCUCCCUUCUCAUCAUUGGCCAGUCGCCGUCACGUCGCAAAUGCUAGACAGCAAUCGCGCAUUCUUGUCAUCAUUCCAA